AUGGCCCAGUUCUCUACAGAAUCCCCCCAGGACCAAGGUUUUGACCAUGGGAUCGAGGCAACAGGGACGGACUUCCCCCACAGCCCUGUGAAUGUAACUGAAGAAAGAACACACCCUUCAGUAGUACCCUACUUUGUCCUGGUCAUCAGCCUGGGUGGGCUGGUGAGCAAUGGCCUUGUCAUCUGGAUUCUCAGCUUUUGCAUUAAGAAGAACCCCUUCUCUGUCUACAUCCUUAACCUGGCCUGGGCUGACUUCCUCCACCUUGUCUGCUGGACUCUAAUCACCAUAAAUUUUUUCUUCCCAAGCCCAUUGAUUUCCAUCCAUGUAGUCAUCGCCCCUGUCACAGUCAUUUUCUACAGCGUGGGGCUGAGUCUGCUGGUGGCCAUCAGCACGGAGCGCUGCCUGUCUGUUCUCUUCCCCAUCUGGUACCAGUGUCUCCGGCCGAGACGCACGUCCGCGCUGGUGUGUACCCUCGUCUGGCUCCUGUUUGCCCUGCUCCUGGUGGCGAUGGGGUUAAUGUGUGUGUAUUUAGCCCACAGUUUCUGCUAUGGUUUUUUUGUAACUAGUUCACUGUGGAUUCUUCUGCUCAUUGCCCUGAUGAGUGUGUCCAGCCUGGCUCUGCUGCUCAGUGUCCAGUGUAGCUCCCAGCGACGCCAGCCUCCCAGGCUCUACGUCCUCAUCCUGCUCACGGUCCUCCUGUUCUUCCUCUGCGGUCUGCCCUUUGGGAUUUUGUUGUUGAUGCAAUCCUUGGAACUAAGCUUCCCUUUCAUGAUGUACCUUUAUAAAGUCUCACCCCUCCUGUCUACACUGAAUAGCAGUAUCAACCCCCUCAUUUAUUUCUUCCUAGGGAGUUCCAGGCAGAAGAGGCUAAGGGAGUCCCUCACCCUUGUGCUGCAAAGAGUGCUAGGGGAGGAGGCAGAGCUGGAGGAUGGUACGAAGACAGCCUCCAUUGGUCCCAUGGAGAUUACCCUCUGA